CCAAGAUGGCAAUGAGCAGCAUCCUCAACACUGAUGACAUCAAGAAAGCUCUAGAUGCAUUUGCAGCUGCAGACUCCUUUGAGUAUAAGAAGUUCUUCGACAUGGUGGGUCUGAAGGCCAAGUCUUCUGACGACGUGAAGAAGGUUUUCAAGGUGCUGGACGCCGACAACAGCGGCUUCAUAGAGGAGGAGGAGCUCAAAUUCGUCCUGAAGGGUUUCGCCAAAGAUGGCCGGGACCUGACGGACAAAGAAACCAAAGCAUUUUUAAGCGCAGCCGACAAGGACGGAGACGGCAAGAUUGGAGUCGAUGAGUUCGUCCUCCUGGUGAAAGAAUAAACAGUCACCUCGUGCGACUGACUAGCACUCCCGAGGUCACCUCCGAGCCACCGCUACAUCCUGACACCCGCCUGCCUGCCCACCGCCCCGCCACCCUCUUCCUCCCCAACGCCUACACCUCACCGCCCCACCCUGACUCCCACAGCCAACCAGACUGCAGCUGAUUCCUGCUACACACACCCCUCAUCCUCACCCUCUCCUCCACCCCACCCCCCACCCCCCACGCUGCUGUCUUCACUGAGCGCAGCGCUGCACUAUGGGAAGUAAGCUGCGGCGUGGCAGCCCCCCCCCCUCCCCACAGACACACACACAUGCACGCACGCACACACACACACACCCACACACACACACACACACAUAAACAUAUGUCCCCACAGCUAUAUUCACCCUAUUUAUUUUAUCCUUUUUAUACAAACUGUUCUUGUUUCUGUUUAUGUAUAGAUAAAGAUAAAAACAUGCCUGCAGGAAUAAACACCACACUUUAAAGCAUAAAGUAGAUAUUUAAAGUAAACAGAGAAUAUAAGAGAAAGAGCCUCGCUCCCUUCUGUACUCCUGACUGUACUCUCUUCUCAUAUCUCUUCAUUUUCUUAGCCGACACUUCUGCUCACCAUCCCUCUUUUCCUCCCCACCCUCUUUUUUCUCCCCCUCUCUCUGUCGAUUUUCACUUCUGGCACGGUUCCCUUUCCUGCAUUCGCUCCCCUUUUGUCCUCGUCACACACCGUCCAUCCAUCUAUCCAUCCAGCCAUCCAUCCCUUUCUCCUCUGGUAAUGAGCUGUUGUAAAACGCACCAAAAGAAGAAAGAGGUCAAGCUGUGAAAGAAUCAAAUAAAAACUUUUAAAAAAAACUCA